UGGAAAUACGGAGGCAGGCAGAGAGUUCCAGAGAUUACCAGAGAAAGGCAUGAAUGACUGAGAAUACUGGUUAAUUCUUUCAUUAGAGAGGUGGACAGAAUAAGGGUGAGAGAAAGAAGAAAGUCUUCUGCAGCGUGGUCGCGGAAGGAGGGGAAGCAUGCAGUUAGCAAGAUCAGAGGAGCAGUUGAUAUGAAAAUAGCGGUGGAAGAUAGCAAGAGAUGCAACAGACGACCGUAGGUGAAACAACACGCGCGCGCACACAGACACACACACACACCCACACACACACCUGCCAAAGUCAAGCAGUAUACACUCAUUCAGUCACACUUCGGCAACGCUCAUCACCGCCACUCGCCGCUACCAGCUAGAGGUGCGGGAGGAAAAUCGCCUUUCGCUGCCAAGACUCCACUCAGCUCUGCCAACAGUCUGAGCUCAUAGCGGGAGUUCACGAGACUCGCCAAGUACCGCACGCUUGUCAGGGGACGGGCCGCAGUCUGCAUUAAGGAACCAGCAAUACCAAGAGCAAGCAAGUUGGCUUCUUAAAGACUAAAAUCAGUAAAAGGCAAGCGCAUCUCAGUCUGCCAGAACACUCAACCGUCACAGUUAUCCUUCGUGUGACAUAACGCUUAGCUGAGGUUCAAGAGUAUAGCAACGCUUGCAAGCAAUCCAACGCAGUGGUGCGUGAGGAAAUGUGUUUAGAUUUGUAAGCUUUUAAAAUGAACAGAUCUGUGGUACCCUAGUAAACGUUGCAAAAUCCUUACAAACGAGCCACAGUCUCUCAAACGCUACUCAAUAGGCCGGCUGGGGCACGCUGCAUCUGAAGAAGGUAGUCGCAGCUGUUCAUCAUAAUGGCAUCAAGACGUACUGGAUUUUUUGCUCUCUUACUAGGAUCAGCAUUGAUAUCGAUAAUACAUUAUGCAUUUUAUCAAAAGAACUACCUUCAGUUACUACCACAAAAUAGUUACAACACAAGAACUGGCUCAAAAAACGAUAACCCUAAUUACUGUCAAAACAAACUUUCUCAGGAAGGCAUUCCUUUCCAAUAUGAAAAUUCCAUCAUCACUCCUGCGCCAGGGAAACGCCCUCGACCGUUGCUUGUUCCAGUCAGUACGGAUAAAGAAGAGUGUCUGCCCUUCUUCAAAGACCUGUGUGUUAAGGCCGUCCCUGAGGAAGAUUGUGAACAACCUCACGUUCUAAUUAACGAAGGAGGUCGCCUUGGAAACAAGUUGUGCCAGUACGCCAGCCUCUACCUCCUACGUUACUUGUUCGGCGUCAGGGUGACUAUAACAAAAAAAAUGCACGAUUAUCUCAACGCAAUAUUUAAAAACAUAACUCUGCCUGCAAAAAACACAUGCUUCACCAAUCAAACAGAAAACGUCAGGUUUGUUACUAUGUACAUGAAGCUUUACACGGCCGCCGCCCAAGCCAGGGCCAGAGCCGUAGACAACAACAUUAAGGAACAGCUACUCAACGCCUCCUACUACGUUUUUAACAACCCAGGCCCGCGAUCCCUUCUGAUGGCCCACAGAGAUCUGAUACGCUCUCUCCUCACGUUCCGGGAUGAGAUUGUCAACAAGGCCAUAGAAAACAUCGACCAGGCCCUCAGCUCAUUCAACGCUACCUACCGCCAACGAAACUUCCCGAUUGUCACUGUUCACGUUCGCCGGACAGACUACACAGGAUACAUCAAAGGAAAAUUUAAACUGACGCAACUUGACGAGCUGUACUUCGAAAGAGCAUUCGAAUUUUACAAAGAAAGGUUGCCACGACCCUUGUUCCUGGUGCUGAGUGACGACCGCGAGUGGUGCAGGCGAAACCUGCAGGCCAAGGACGUGAUAGUCAUUGCCAAAGCAUCCGCGGCCGUGGACAUGGCAGUGAUGAGUCUCGGGGACCACCACAUCACCAGCUAUGGCACCUACAGCUUCAGCGGCGCCUUGCUGGGCCACGGACACAUCACGCAUCCUAUCGGACACAACACCAAGUACAAUCUCGCUGACUGUGUAGACUCGCAUUUCUUUCACCACAUUUCCAGAGACAAGACUUAUAAAGCAGACAAUUCAGAGGUGGUGGUUUCAUGGAGGCUUUAGCAGCACGAGUAGAACACAACUGAUGAUGACCAAAGUAUACGCAAGAACGAGUUACUAUUCAAAUUUACGUUAAGAA